AUGGUGAGACAGACGAUCCAGAUCUAUGCCCGGGUGAAACCCCUGGGCAAAAGGCAGCCCCCUGGGAUAUAUUCAGUUGAUGAAGUUGAGACAUCAGCAUUUGGUCUGGAGAUUAUUGUGCCACGUGAUUUGGCAGAUGGAUUUGUCAACAACAAACGAGAAAGCUACAAGUUUAAAUUUCAGAAAGUGUUUGAUCAGGAAUCAAAACAAGAUGAAAUUUUUGAAACCAUUGCCAAGCCAGUUGCAGAAUGUGCUCUAGCUGGCUAUAAUGGAACUAUAUUUGCCUACGGACAAACAGGUAGUGGCAAGACUUUUACCAUCACAGGGGGAGCAGAACGUUACAGUGAUCGGGGGAUAAUUCCACGGACCCUAUCUUACAUAUUUCAGAAGUUGCAAAAGGAUAGCAGUAAAGUAUAUACCACACAUAUUUCUUAUUUAGAAAUCUACAAUGAGUGUGGUUAUGAUCUGCUAGAUCCACGGCAUGAAGCCUCCAAACUAGAAGACUUACCAAAGGUGACAAUAAUGGAGGAUCCUGAUCAGAACAUUCAUCUGAAACAUCUCUCUUUGCAGCAAGCAACCAAUGAAGAAGAAGCUCUGAACCUGCUUUUCUUAGGUGACACAAACAGGAUGAUUGCAGAGACUCCAAUGAAUCAAGCCUCCACACGUUCACAUUGCAUUUUCACCAUUCAUAUCUCAAGCAAAGAACCAGGAUCAGCAACCAUUCGGCGCUCCAAAUUACACUUAGUGGAUCUGGCUGGUUCAGAGCGUGUUGCAAAGACUGGAGUUGGAGGCCAGCAGCUGACAGAGGCCAAAUAUAUUAAUCUGUCUCUUCAUUAUUUGGAACAGGUAAUCAUUGCUCUGUCAGAAAAAAACAGAUCUCACAUUCCAUACAGAAACUCCAUGAUGACUUCAGUGCUAAGAGACAGCCUCGGAGGGAAUUGCAUGACAACAAUGAUUGCAACACUCUCAGUAGAAAAAAGGAACAUAGAUGAAUCUAUAUCAACCUGUAGAUUUGCUCAGCGAGUUGCUCUUAUUAAGAAUGAAGCUGUUCUAAAUGAAGAAAUUGAUCCUAGAUUGAUGAUUAUUCGUCUGAAGAAGGAAAUCCAGGAGUUAAAAAAUGAAUUGGCCAUGGUGACUAGUGAACAAAGACUUGAAGAACUUUCACAAGAAGAGUUGCUAGAAUUAGAUGAACAGGUUAAAGAGUUUUUGGAAGAUAUUGAUCCUGAAAGCAUUUUGGAAAUUGGGGCUGACAUGCGGAAGAUCAAAUACUGUUUCAGCCACUUAAAGAGACUGGUAAAUGAUGCAAAACUUCCUGGCAACCAUUUACUUGCACCAGAUACUCAGGGAGAUAAAAGUGCUAAUACUAUAAUUGGCAAUGAAGAGUUUAAAAAACUGAAGGAUCUUUUGCAGCAACGAGAUAAUGAAAUCAAUAUUUUAAUAAAUAUGUUAAAGAAGGAAAAAAAGAAAGCACAAGAUGCCCUUCUUCAGCUUAGUGCUUCAUCCAAGGAAAUCUCAGCCACAGAAAGUUCCUUUCAUUUGAAAAAUAUGGAAAAUGAGCAGAUGUUGUCUGUCAUUUCGGAAACUAAAUCUAGUUCUCACCCCAAGAGCCCAG